GCCGCAGCCAACUCCACUGCACGCAAGCAGCAGUGUCAGCAGCAGCAGCAGCGAACUCUCGCGAGAUCAGCAUACGAAACAUAAACACACGCGGUCAGUAACUUGGUCGACGCAGAUAAAGCAACACUCCGAUAGCACAGUGGAUACGUUUAUAUUGCAUUAUACAUAUAAAAUUCGCGAGUCGUGCGUGCGCCUUUGCAUCAAUUUAUUAUAUAUACUCAAACGAGUGAGGUGCUGAACACGUUUCUGACUAUCAGCCUCGCAGCGGGAACUUCAUAAUAGAACGCUGUCAAAACGGAGCUGGGCCCGCAUCUGUCAUCGCGUGUGUACGUCGUAUAUCGACGAACUGCGUAAUAACGUGCAGCAUAGACUCGAGCAUUACGCGCGGCUGCUCGCAGCACCUUUGGACUUUUCGACAGUAACAACGAAGCUACGAUUAAAGACAGUCUAGGAAUAUAUGUGUACUAUAUAUAGCAUAUAUAAUACUGUUUCAUAGUUUCUCACUAUACAAGAUACGAGCAUAUAUACGUGCGCAGUACUUAUUGCGCCAGACUCGGAGAGACUGUGUCGUUGUUUUAAUACUACUAGAACCAGAUAGCCUCUUUGCUUACGCUUAACGAAUCGAGUAGGUUUCGUCAUAUAUCAUCGCAAUAAUAGCACACCAUUGUCGAUUUCGAUAUUAACGCCUUGAUUUCUUCGGAUAAAACGCACUCGACUGACCAUUUUUAAGUCUGACUUAUCUGAAAUCAUUUAUAAACAAUACCAGUAUCGAGUUAUACGGUUGUCAUCAUUUACUCGACUUUCUGGACAAAGACAUCGAAGUAUUACUAUUGAGUUUUAUCGUCGCCGAUAUGAAUCUCGUACCGAAAUCUUUCAAGGAAAAACGUUCCUUUGAUCAACGUGUGGCCGAUGUCAAAAUGAUUCGGGAAAAACAUCCAAAUAAAAUACCCAUCAUUGUUGAAAGGUACUACGCAGAGAAACAGCUACCAUUGCUUGACAAGACCAAAUUUUUGGUUCCAGAUCAUCUUUCAGUCACAGAGCUAAUAAAAAUUAUAAGGCGAAGACUGCAGUUGCAUCCCACGCAAGCAUUUUUUCUACUUGUGAAUCAAAGAAGUAUUAUUAGUGGUAGUACAACCAUGGCUCAGCUAUAUCAACGAGAAAAAGAUGAAGAUGGAUUUUUAUACAUUGUAUUUGCGAGUCAAGAAGUUUUUGGAUCAACACACAAGCUCUGUGAGAGAUCUUAAGUAGUUAUCGAUCCAGAUUUUCAAUUAGUUCAGUAAAAAAGCCCUUGAUGCUUCGUUUUGAAUUUUCAUAAAAUAUAAUGUGUUUAAAAUCAUUGAUAGAGUCAUCGAUAAACUUACUAUGAAAAGUAUAUGGUUGAUUCUCCCGAAAUCUGCUUUUUCGGGUAUGGAAAACGGAAAAAUGGUGAAAAUUUUUUUGUCAUAUU